AUGGGAAGGAACAAGAACCUGACCAAAGAAAUCACACAUCUCAAAAGAGAAAAUGAAGGUCAGGCCUUGAGAAUGACUAAGAUACUAGAAUCUAGUAGAAGUGCUGACGAAAGAAAGAGAGAGGCAAAAGAAGAUUUUUCAAAAGAUAAAAGAGCCAGGAGACAUGUUGAAGAUUCCAUGAGAGAAAAUGAUGCAAUCAUGAUUGAGAAAGAUGAACAGAUUCGAGUGCUCACUCAGGAAAAUGAAUACAUACACAAACAAAUGAAUGACAAUGCAAAAGAAAAGGAGAGGAUGAUAAAAGAGAUUGAAAAACUUAAGAGUGAGUUGAAAAUAGAAAAUGAGAGAAAUGAGAAGAUGAGAAAAUUCAAUGAGAGAUCUAAGAAGGUAGAUAGACAGUUGAAGGCUCAGAGAAGAACAAAGGAUACAACAGGUCUUGGUUACCCCGGUUUAGGUCCUAUGGAAACAAGAGAAUCAUCUAAAUCCAAAAGAAUGAAGGAUGAUAAAAGAAAUCAAUCAGAAGCAAGAGAUCUCAAUCAAGCAAUCUACCAAGUGCAAAAAGAUUUAAUGGACAUUGCUUCACUUGCAAUAAGUUUGGACACAAAUCAGAAGAAUGUAGGUUCAAGGCAAAGGUUGCUCCUCAUGUUGUGCCAGAAGAAAACCAGCAAGGAAAACCGUAUGACACCGGCGGAAAAGAAGUUGGAGUUGAACUGCUUAUCUACAGAGGAGCUGGCAAUCUGCUACAAGCUGUUGCGCCAGAAGGAAGACCGUAUGACAUUGGCCAAAAAGAAGUUGGAGUUGGACUCCUUUUCUAAUGAGGAGUUGAAGAAUUUGUUUGUUGACGAGUUGUUCCAUCUGUACUUCUCGCUCCGGAACGAGCAGAAGGGGUUGGAGGCGGAAAUGAAGUUGGAGUCAGAGUGCUCGUCCACAGAGAAGUUGGAGAAAUUGACUUGUGAGGAUUAUGAAUUGCAGGGCUCGUCUACAGAGAAGUUGGUGUGCUUGUCUAAUGAAGAGUUGGAGUGCUUGUCUGCUGAGAAGUUUUGGCUCCAUAACAAAAUCAGCAGGGAACCCAGUAUUUCACCGACGGAGAUAGAGUGCUCGUCUUCCUACCAUUCGGGGGACGAAAUUCCUGAAAAGCAAUUGGACGAAUGGACGGAACAGGAGCAUGGCUUUCGUUCAAGUUUACAGAGGAAAUUGGAUGCCAAGUGUCAACAAGAGAUUGUUCCUAUUGAGGACUAA